AGUUACUGAAAACACGUGUGUUUGUUUUGAAUUAAGUGGGCGUGUCGAUAUUACAUAUCGAUUGGCUGUUUACGGGUGAAUAGGGUGAAUUAUUCCGUGCUACGCAUGAAUUGUACACAUAUAAAGUAGAAUUCAGGGUUUUUUAAGUUAUUCGAAGUUCGAUGCCACUUUGCAACAGACUACGAGAAUCUAACUCUAUGUCGUCGAAGCAGACUACAGAUUUCCUAGCUGAAAUUAGAGACCAGCCUAUGGACGACUCUAUUCUUGAUGAGCCCUCCACUCUUACGGCACCAGGAAUUUCAAAUACAGCGCCCAGCAGACCAGAGGCCACGUCGGAUAUUGCUGACACAUUUAACCUGUUCAAAUCCUAUUUGGAUUCCAAACUUGAGAACCUGAAGGACCAGCUUUCCACUGAUUCGUCAUUGGCCAGUAUUGUUUCUUCUAUCAUAACAAAGUUGUCUAGGAGAAACAAACUCAUUCGCAUUGCUGACAAGUCUCCGGCCGGUUGGACAACAGUGCGGGAAUAUGAAAGUGACGACCUCGCCUCUGACUCGGACGAUGAGAAGCGCAUGCGACAAGCUGAAAACCGUGCACUCCGCACGCUCAGAGAGAGACGGCGCUAUCGUCCUUACAAGAAACCCUCUGCAACUGUCUCUACUCCUUCUGACGAUCGCAGUCCUGCUCCUACGUCCUUUCAGCGUUCCUUUCGUCCCUACACAAAGCAACGUAGACAACCCCCGCCGUACGAUAUCUGCUACAAUUGCCGAAAAUACGGACACUCGAAAUCCCAGUGCACAGCGCCUUCAGUCCAGUCCAGCGCCCCCAGUGUUGGCGUUAACAAAUAUAUCUGUAGAGAAGUAUGUUGA